AUGGAUGACCCUUUUGCGGUGAGAGACCGUUAGACAAAUAGACUAGGAAACAUAUUUUUGUUUAUUUUAUGUUGUAUACGAGGGACUCAUUUCAUUUUCUUUAGACAGCCAGUAUGUUUACGGUUCUGUAUUUUCAUCUCCGCCUUACAAUGUGCAAAGGGGCCAAUAAUUAUUAGUUGACCCUCCCUUCUUGUACUAUAAAUUCUAACGUUUGUAAAUUCUUAUUCGAUCUACAGUCCGCAGGCCGCAAGUUUGUUAUAUGUACAGCUGUGAAAUCUGACCUUCGUAGAAACUAAGAAAGCUGAUUAUUAGCCCUUUUUGGACCACAUUUUCUUCAUUUUGAAUUUUGUUUUGUGUGUUUUCUCAUUCACUUCCUUUGCGGCUCUGUCGAAGCGUGAUUGUUAAGUCGAGUAUUGUGUAUUCUGACAUCACCUAGGAAAACAGAGUAUUAUGCUCAAAAUUAUGCUCUGUUGGUGGUAUUAUGCUCCUAAUUUAUGCUAGACUAAAGUAACACUAUUUUACAUUCUUGGACUAAAUAGAUGGAAAAUUUAUACCCCCCUUUCUCCCCCCACCUCCCAAAUCAAGGAUAAUAAAAUGGCGCAGUUUGGCUUUUGCGCGGCUUCAUCCUUGAUUUGGUGGGGAUGCUUGUUAUUGUAAUUAUCAUUGACGACAGUGAAAAACGUAAUCGUGAAGGCAGGCUUUUGAACUUCAGAGUUUAUACCUUUUUUGCACCGUUGUUAUUUCUUUGUAGAAACCUGUGUUUGUUGGCCUUGGUGUUGUCAUGGUUACAGUAGCAUUUGGAUUGAUCACGUACUUCUUUAAAAAGCAAGGGAAAGAUGCAAGACCAGUGGCCCUUGAUUCGCAGAAGAAGAUUCCGUUUAAACUCAUUGACAAAAAGGUAUUUAAACAUCAAGUUGUGUUUUAUUUCGUGAAACAAAUAUGUAGCUAAAACAAGAUCAUUAAUGAUCAGGACUGUACUGUAGCAGUGCCUCAAGACCCCUUGUACUGGCAUUUUUGCCUUUGGGCAACAAGGAAAUCCAGAACCCCUGGAUUUCAAUGUGUUCCCAAAUUAUGAAAAAAAUAAUUUUAACUGUUGUUUGUUCUCUGAAGAUUGUGAGUCAUGACACGAGAAGGUUUCGCUUUGAGCUGCAGUCACCUGAACACAAACUUGGACUUCCUGUAGGUAUGCUUCUGUACAAUGUUCAAUUUCUUUUUCCGUGAAUCAGUAGAACUUAUAUUAUUAUUGGAAAAUUAUGUCAUAAUGAGCAAGAGUAUCAAAUACUUUCUUUCAAUGAGCAGUAUUAUACUUUUAUGUCUGAACAACAAAGAGUCAGAUUAGAGAAAAUGAUUGCAAAAGGCAUCUGAUACCUUGGGGCUAGUUGAGUGACUUGUAGCAGGUUUGCAAAUUUAAGCAAUGUCAUUGCAAGUUGCCGCAUGAUGGGCAAGCAAAGAAAAACCACAAAUAACUAUAAAGUUUGGGCUAUGACUCAGUCAGAACUCUGGGUGAGCUAAGAAAGCAACAUUUGGGUAUUCUGGGUGAACUGAUGUUCUGAUUUUUAUCUCACCUUAUAUCAAAUUAGACGCAGACAUAGAAAUGCUCUUUAUUGUUUUUAUGGACUUAAUUUACCCUAAUAUCAUCCUCAUUGUUGAUGUCUCUGUUUUCUCUGUUUUUUUGAUCAGGAAAUCACAUGUAUCUCAGUGCCAAAGUUGAUGAUAAACUUGUGAUCAGACCGUACACUCCUGUUACAUCUGAUGAUGAACUGGGUUAUUUUGAGCUGGUUAUUAAGGUAACUUUGUGACAGUUGACUAUUCAUUAACAUUGUAUCUAAAUUUAAACUUAUCUGUCCAGGAGAUAAUUUCUAAUUCCAUGAAGAAACUAGACCUUAAUGUUUUGGCUUUCAAACCUUGUGGACAUGGCAUUGGUUACAUCGUGAUCAGGGCUUCAGUAUUAGCUGAAACCUGUUAUUUCAAGAAAGUUUAAUUUCUUCAGAAUUAUCUUGUUACUUUUUUCAAGGUUAUUGAACAUUCUUGAAUUGAAUGACUGUUGAAAAUUUCUUUUUAAUUAUGCUUAUUUCAUUGUUUGAAUUUAUUUCUUUGUUUGAUCAAAAUUUGGACCUUUCUUCAUUUUGUUUCAUUGAUUUGUUUAUACUAAAAUUAAAUCAAUCAUGUGUCUUAAUAUUAAUCAGUGUCUUCUUUCAAAGACCUAUGUGAAACUUCUAAGCGGACCCCCAAUUAAGUGAACGCCCUCUAUUAUAAUAUUAUUAAGUGGACACUAUAAGCCGGGUCCCAAAAUUAAUGUGUUAUAUUUCCCUUUAUAAUGAACCCCUAUUCAGUGGACACCAAAAUAAAUUGUGUUUGGCUAAUUUCUAUUGUUAACCCAUUCGCCCCUGAACCGCCUGUAACCGCCGGGCGGAUCCACGUCCUUUCUACCCUUUGUGACUUCAUCAGUUUUAACAGUCAGGGACAACUUUGUCUGCUAACUUGUGUAGAGUGAAGAAAUCUUUCAAACCAUAACAGAAUGAGCACAAUUCAGUUAAGGACACUGGAGAAAGAAGCAAAAAACCAUGUGACAUUGACCUGAAAAUCUCCAUGAAAAUCUUGUUCCAUUGCUCACCUACCUUUCCUUUCACCUAAUCCUAAGAUCCUAAAAGCUUUCCUAAAAACUCUUCCCACCAAAAUGAAGCCUACUAAAUGCCCAGCAAGAGAAAAAAAAAUGAGGCAAGAAAAGCGAAGAAAGAGGGGAGGAGAGAAAGCGAAAAGUAAAAGUCAAGACUGCUGUGUCACUUUCAAACCCAAAAACUAUCUCAAAAUUUUGCUUUCUGCUCAUGCCCGAACUUCGCAAGCUGAUAUUUUGCAUCUGGAUCAGAAGGCCGUGAAGUGUACAACCUGUAAACCUGUGUGUGGUAGGUUUUAGCUCUUUAUAGCACGACAGUGACCACUCCAGUAGCUUCAAAACGCGUUUUUCAGCAAAAUCUCCAGGAGCGAAUGGGUUAAUAACCUCUAUUUAGCGGACACCGGACUGAAUUGACAAUACUAGUAUUGGAUUAACGUCUUUGAAAUACGUACUAUAGUCAAUUAACAAUGCGGAUAAGUCAAUACAUUUAGCUGUCAAUAAACUGUAGAUUAGACUGAAAGUCUUGCACAAAUUACAGCACAGCUUCCUUGGCUGAAGUCCUUAACAACAUGGAACUUUAUCACAGUACAGCAUAACCGUUGAAAGUUAAUUGUUAACAAAAUUGUGCACUUUCUACGAACCUCUAUCAAGCGGACACCCUCUAUUAAGUGGACUCUUGGGAAGGUCCCGAAGGUGUCUGCUUAAUAGAGGUGUCACUGUAUUAGGUUUAGGGUUUAGGGUGAGGGAUCCUUAGUCAUAUCUGUAAGUUAAAACCAUCUGCUUUUUGGUUCAGACUUUAAGCCUAAGAUGACCAAGAGAGAUACUGGAGUACUGGCUUUAAUGUGUAGUGUGUAAUGAGACAGUUUUUUUAUUUUUAUGCCUGUUCAAUAUUGUGUUAGGUUUACUUCAAGAAUGUCCACCCUAAGUAUCCUGAGGGUGGAAAGAUGUCCCAAUACUUGGAUUCUCUUGAGAUUGGUGACACUGUUGACAUUAGAGGACCAGCUGGAAAGCUGACAUACUUAGGGAGGGGUAAGUAAAUUUUGUGUGGUGCUGUUCAACAGGGGAGAGGCUGGGGCAAAAAUCUUUCAUAACAUUUUUUUUAAAUGUGGCAAGCUUACAUUAAGUAAUCAUUUUGAUACCUCUCCAGGAAAAUUUGCAGUCAAGGAGAAUACAAAAGAUCCUGUGAAGUUUAGAACGGCAAAAAAUGUUGGCCUAAUUGCUGGGGGAACUGGUAGGACAGAAAAUUAUUAUUAUAUAUUUCAAUGUGCUUUAAGGCUACCUGAAGUGACAGUUGGCACUAUGCAAUAUUAUGAGAUUUAGCCGAACACCAGUUGUCCCAAGGGACCACUGUACCAUGUGUUCCAUGCUGCCUGCAUUUAAUGCAAGCCUUCAUAAUUAUUAUACAAUAAGAACUUUGUAAACGUACUUGUUUGAUUUUCAAACAUGCAUGGGUGGACGAGGGGGUGUUUGAUAGAGACAUGACUUAAUUUGGUCAACUCUCUCUAAUAUAGACGCCUUUAAGACUAGCACUAUAAUUAUGUCCGUCUUAGUGAGAUGUCCACCUAAUUAGAGAGUCAACUCAAAGGAGUGAAGAAAGGUAAGGACCAACUCUAGGUGUCUGUCUUAGUAAGGUGUCUAUCUUACAGAGAAGUCUGCUACAGAACAGUUGACUGUAGAUAUUUUUCCAGCCAAAAAUGGGUUGUGUCUGAGCAAAACAUAGAUUUGAGAAGACAACUUGACCCGCGCCAGCCACAAAAUUAUUUCAUGGCCUGGUAAGAAAAAAAAUGAUGCCUCUUAGUUUGGCAAGUCAUUUUCAGGUUGGAAGAGGAGGUGUUAGAAUGUGGAGCCGCCAACCUUGAGCCCCUGCUUCUAAUAUUAUUUUGGUGUUGACUGUUGUUAUUGUUUCUUUUUUGUGAAUUCUUAAGGCAUAACACCCAUGCUUCAGAUCAUCAGUGCAGUUAUCAAAGAUAGCGAGGAUAAGACCAACAUUUCACUCCUGUUUGCAAACCAGGUUUGGAUGAUUUUUCAUUCUUUCUUCUUACAAUCAAAGGAAUGCACAAAAGUCUGGAUUCUUUGUUUUGUUAGAUAAAUGGUUGAUUCAAUAUUACUGUAUAUUUUCCUUUUUUAGACAGAGAAAGACAUUCUGGUAAGACCAGAGUUGGAGGAGUUAGCUAAGGAGUGCCAGAAUUUUACACUGUGGUACACCCUUGACAGGCCUCCUGAAGGUACAAGUAUUUUUUCUGCUAUGAGGGGAGGAGAGGGAGGGAUACCUGAGCACUUAGUACUGGGUAGCUUUGGAAUGAUCAAGGCUGUGCUCUAGGAAAAACUGAAGGGAGCCAAGUACUCCGAGCCAGUGAAAUCCAGGCUGCCCACCAUAUAAUUUGUAUUAAAAAAAAUAAGAUUUUCUAAUCCCCUGGUAGUAAAAGUUAGGUGCCUGGGGCUGCUAGGUACUACUAGAGUACAACCUUGAUGAUUAAUGUUGCUUGACAUAAUUGGCCAUUCAUGCAAACAGUAUUUUUCACACCAGGCAUUUAUUUCAAACUUGGCCUCAUAAACCUGACAUUUCUUUGAAUUUUCAGUUUACUUGGGCGUGUUAUUUCUUAGGAAUAGGUUGUUAACUCUUUUUUUACAGCGUGUAUCUCACCCUCAUACCGUGAGCUUGUUAUACCACAAAUAAACGCCUGAAGGGCUUAUUAACAAUUCAAAAGCCAAUAAUUCAUGUUUGCUUCAGAAGAAUAGUCACUCAUGAAGGUUUGAUUGUAAUUGUAUUUUUUCUGAUUUUUUUCCUAGGCUGGCCUUAUAGUUCAGGAUUUAUUAAUGACACAAUGAUCAAGGAUCACAUGCCAGCCCCGGGACCGGAUACUCAGAUAUUGAUGUGCGGUCCUCCACCCAUGAUCAACUUUGCUUGUAUUCCCAACCUAGAGAAACUUGGCUACACUGAUGAUAUGUAUUUCCCUUUUUAAGUGCAUCGUGAGCACCCUGCACAGGAAUACCAUCUUUUGAGUGGUUCUUCUGUUUAGUUAGCUGUUAAUAGCUUGCGUGGUAGAUGCUGAGUUUGUUGAGUGCAUGAAAGAUCUGGAUCCGGCCCACAGUGGUUUUGUGCAACGAUGAAUCUUCUUCUCCUCUCUUGCUUCUGCCACGCAGGCUUGCUAUUGUAGAGAUUAGAUGGUCAAAAUAGAAAUGAAUUUAAAUGUGUUGUAGUUUUCACAAUCUGCUUUCACCUUCUCUUCAACUUGAUUUUCUUUGCUUUUCUUACGACGCUUGUCUUUCACUAUGGAGUCUACCAGUCUGCCACGACUAAUACAUGUUUGAUAAAAAGACAAGAGACAAGACUGAGUCUCGAUCAUCCUGAAAAAUUAUCCAGGGAGAAAAAUCGGGGUGUUAAUUAAUUUAUCUGUGCGGGUUGUUUCUCAAGUAAAAAAAAAAUUCCUAGUAAAAAUGAAUCUGAGAGAUGACAAGCCAUUGUC